AUGUCCACCGAAAAAGUUCCAGAACCUGAGAGUGUCAUGACCAAAGACACGGAUGGCACCGGUCAAGCAGAAGGUCUCGAACAGCUGGGAUACGUGCAGGAACUGACCAGGAACCGAUCCCUCUUCACACUCCUCUUCCAGACACUCGCCAUCGCCGCCAUCCCGUAUGGCGAAGGAGGACCCCUGAUGAGCGCCAUCUACGGCGGUGGACCGCUCUCCAUCUUCGUGGGCUGGAUCGUUGUCUGCGUCCUAGAUGAAUGCGUCGCCCUCUCGCUCGCUGAAUUGGCCUCUCGCUGGCCUACCUCUGCCGGUCCAUACUACUGGUCGUUUCAGCUCGUGCCCCAACGGGCCAAAGUUGUUCUGUCCUUCAUCAACGGCUGGGUCUGGCUCAUUGGUAACUGGACAAUCACUCUGUCUGUGAACUUUGGAUUUGCGUCCUUGCUCUCUGGGACAAUCUCAAUGUACCAUCCCGACUGGUCUGCGAAUAACUGGCAAUUGCUUCUGAUCUUCUAUGCGAUUUGUCUGUCGUCCUUUGUCAUUUGCACUUUCGGAAACCGAUUCUUGCCUAUGAUUGAUACCAUCUGCGCUGCUUGGACUGCGAUUAGUAUUUUGAUUAUCAUGAUUGCGCUUUCUGUCAAGGCCGAUGUGGGUCGUCAUGAUGUUUCAUACUCCUUGGGACAUUAUGAUACCAGUCUGUCAGGAUGGGGAGGUUUCACAUUCUUCAUCGGACUCUUGCCAGCUGCAUACUGCUUUUCAGCGGUCGGUAUGAUUUCCGCCAUGGCAGAAGAAUGCUCAAAUGCCGUUGUUAAAGUUCCUCAAGCCAUUUCUCUCUGUGUUCCUGUUGGUGGAAUCGCCGGUUUGUUCUUUAUCAUCCCCAUCUGCGUCACUCUCCCACCUUUGGAAGACCUCAUUCUAGCCCCUGCGGCACAGGCAUUGCCAUAUAUCUUCCAGCAAGUCAUGGGCUCACCUGGCGCUGGUCUGGGACUCAUUUUCCUGGUCUUGGCCAUCACACUCUUCUGCUCCAUUAGCAUCACAGUAGCAGCAUCCCGAACAACAUACGCCUUUGCCCGCGACGAAGCUCUCCCGCUAUCCAAACUCUGGGCCCAAGUCAACUCUCGCCUCGGCGUGCCCGUCUGGUCCCUCGUUCUUGUGACAGUCGUCCAAAUGCUCCUCGGCCUAAUCAACCUAGGCAGCUCCAGCGCAUUCACCGCAUUCGUUUCCGUCGGCGUCGUCGCUUUAGCAAUCAGCUAUGCAAUCCCCAUCGGCGCCAGCGUCUUCCAUAAACGCCAGGAAGUCAACAAAGCCAGAUUCAACUGUGGCCCUGUCCUGGGUCUUGUGGUAAACAUUGUCGCGUUGCUAUGGAUUGCCUUUGAGUUGGUUCUGUUUUGUAUGCCAUCGGUCCUGCCGGUGACUGCUGUUUCGAUGAACUAUGCAGCUGUUGUGUUUGUGGGAUUUAUGGCUAUUUCCGCGGUUUGGUAUGGGGUUUAUGCGAGGAAAACGUACAAGGGGCCUCCUGCGUCGGACGGGCUUUGA